UAUUUUGAAAAACACCAAGGCGACAGAUAAACAUUAUUUAUCAUGCGCUCUCUCUUCGCUCUUGAUUCUGGUUGCGGCUGGACUAUAAAAUAUUUGUUUUAGGUAUUGACAAUCAGCAAACAAGUCAACUAAAUUUAGAAAACAAACGGAGCCAAUUCGCAAACCAAUAGAAGAUGAGCGUUAAACCAGAAGAAUUGCCAGGAGUUCCUGACAAUGGUGGCCCGCCUGUUUACAAUACCGGCGUUCAGCAACAACCAGUGCACCAUCAACCAAUGACCUACCAGCCACAACAAUAUGGCGGACCACCAGUUGUCGGACAUCAACCAAGUACAAACACUACUGUUAUAAUUAACCAACAGGCACCAAUGCGACCAGCUUUAAGACAGUGGAGUUCUGGUCUAUUUUCGUGUUUUGAAGACGGCAUGAUAUGUGCCUUGGCGUUUUUCUGUCCUGAAUGUUUUGCGUGUCAUCUUGCUUCUCAAGCUGGGGAAAGCUGCUGUUUACCUUGCUGUGUUCCCGGCUGGCUAGUUUCUUUAAGAGCUCACAUUAGAGGAAGACAUCAAAUAGAGGGCUCUAUUAUGAGCGACUGCUGUACUGUUGGUUGCUGUUAUCAAUGUGCCAUGUGUCAACUAGCCCGAGAGCUGAAAACCGCCAAGAGUAAUGGACAGUAUUAAAUCCCAGGGCCUAGUAGCUAGGGGUGCUUUCAGAAUCUGUCCCCUAAUUUUUCUAACAGCUAUAGCUUAAAGUCUCGAUGCGUCAUUUUAGCGCUAUAUUAUAUAUGAAUCACUUGUGAAUCUCUAAUAUGGAUAUUAGUCCAACAAUGGUUCAAUUCGGUUCAGUAUUUAUAAGAUAAGUGGAAUUGAAAUUUCAUUGAUCUAUGCUGCUCGCUAUACAAUAGACCCGCCGUCAUUUUCUUGCCCGGAAAAUUUAUUGAUAGGCCUUUUUUAAAAAUUCGAUUGAACCCAAUCCGGGACAUUAUCUAGUGUUGAUGUUUUGAAUUUGUUUUCUUAAUUAAAUAUUAAAUAAUCAAUUUGGGUACAUAUUAGCAUGGAUUAAUCCGUGAGAAAUUUGAUAUUUUACCGAAAUAUGCAAAAUGACGCAUCGGGACUUUAAGACUUGCUCACUGCACGUCGAUUGGUGUGUGUGUAGAUUUCUGGUAUCAAGUCACAUAUUUGAAUGUCAUACUUUUGAAAGUUUACAAGCUAAAGUUGAGAUUAACCCAUUUAAAAAAUCUUAUUCAAUGUUGUUGUUGUAGACGUGCAUGACUGCAAUAAAUCGGAAAUGAAAUCCGAAUCUAAAGAUUCCAGAUUCAGAACCCAUUACUGUAUUUAUGCAGAAAAAAAUAUUUUAAUAUCAAAAUCCAGAUUCGUGGUGUGGAUUCUUCUGGUUAAAAAUGGUGACAAUUUAAAAUGUAUUACUGUCUGCUUUUCCAAAAUGACAAGGAUAUUGAAAACAUAUCUGCAACUAUAAUUGAGACUCUGGUCUCGGGUUCACUGCAAUAAACACGUCUUUGGUCACAUAAAUUUACUAAUUUAUUUCUGCAUUCGAUACAUCCCUAUGAUCUGACUUGACAUGCCCAAUGAAACUGUGAAGUCAUAUCAAUCAAAAUCGAGAAAAAAAUAUUGGUCGGCGAAUAUUGUACAACGAGAGUGCACCUUUAACGAAACUGCUGACAUGGUCAUUCAAAUUAAGGAUUGCUUUGAAAUUAAAUGGUGUACUCGAUCAAACAAUUAAAAAUUACUACAUGUAGAUAUUUUCGGAUUUAUUAAAAAAUAUUUCCUCUGUUGAUCUGAUAAACGCAAACAAUAGGAAAACAUUCCAAGAUAUGUUUUUAAAACUUAGUUUCGGAAAUGAAACUUUGCAGAUUAUGACCGAAUGUUUUUGUCGUGUUUUAACACUUUCAAAAUAUAAUUGAAAACAAAUCUUGUCUUUUGAGUGUCCUUCAACCUAGUGACGCUUAAAAGUAGUCAACUCAGUAUUCACCAAAUUAGAGGAAAUAGAAGAAAGUUCUCAAAAAUAAAUACUUAAAAAGGCCUUAAGACCUAUGUUCUUUAUGCGGCACAAUCAGUACAAACGCGCAGUCCGAUUGCGACCAUAUUUUUUCAAUAAGCUUGAAACAUGCAUUUAUUUACAUAUGGUGGGUGGGGGUCACGGAAACUACGGCGGCUUUUCCGAAAAUGUUAUAGAUCUGCUGUUAUUCGUUAUGUUUAUUAUAAAAUAUAAUAUACCAAUAUAAAUGUCAAGCCUCUUCAUUACAAAUAUAAAUAUUUAAUUAUUGUUGUUAUAGAAUGAAAUAACAAAAUGGCACAUUUUGGGUUGUUUUGCAAAAAUAGUAUUAUUAAUAACUGUACAAAGUAUAUACUUAAUAAUGCAUGUAUUUACAUAAGUUUCUUAUUGUUAAUUAAUUAAAUUUAUAUUAGGAAUAUCUGACAUGAUAUUCGCUGAUCUUUUUGGAGGGGGGGGGGGGGUAUAUUUCAUUUUGUGUAUUGUCAUAUCUAAUAACUUUUAUUGAAUUUGAUUUUACAUUUAUUUACGUUUGUAAAAAUUUUAAAAAAUAUUUUAACUUUUUCAAUGCUUAUCAAAAGAGGUGAGCAUACCAUUAUCUUAAAUGAGACCCCUUAUAAAGAUUUACACAUUAAUAUUAAUUUACUUUAGAAAUUGUUUACGAUUGAUUAAUAGUUGUUUUGUCUUGUUCAAUAUUUUAUUAUUUAAUACAAUCUAUUACAGUUA